UAAUCCACGUUCCCAUUCAUGUACACUUUGUCCAGAAACAACUCCAUCCAGUCGGUGGGAGAAAACUGUCUCGUAAACAAACGACCUCCCCCUGUACACUUACCCACUGUUCAAAUAAAAAAUAAAACAAUGAUUCACAUCUUGCUGCGCGGAAAGAAUCCUUUUGUUUACGCGUAUAAAUCUCCCUAGGCCACGCUGUCUCUGAUGGCAGUGUGAAGAAAAUCCAUUCACCUUGUUUCUGUGUUUUCUGAAUUCUCUCUCCGUAUCUAUAGUGAUAGAACCUAUACCUAUUUCUGUGAACCUAAGUGCGACACGUAGAGUGAUAUCGAACCGUCUGUUUCAGUGUCGACCAGUUCAUGCAUCUAUCUACACUUAGUAGAUUCCAUAAGGUUUCUCAAAACAUUGUUCUAGAUACGACGCCUGGUAGCUGAAUGUAACAAUUUUGGUGUGCCACGAAACGAAAUGUAGAUUCAGUCUUUGUUCUGUAUUUCGGCUAUACAUUCGAGUCGAAUGUGUAUUAUAACGAGAAGUGAAUGGAAGAAUCCAAAAGAACGAGAGUCUGUGCAAACCAUAUGGCAUGAAAACAACCAGUGGUGAUAUAGUGAACUUGAGACAUAGGCAACCCGUAUAGUUGCGCUGCUGACUGCAAUAAUGCAUCAUGCUGGUUGCCUUGCAAUCAUUCUAGCUGGCUUAUCGUUGAAUCGUGCAUACUGAACGGAAUCGACUCAGAGAGUACAUGUUAAAAGGAAGCAAGCUUUAACUAACAAAAUACCAACGAAAAUAUGUUCAACUGUUGCGGCAGGCGCUAUGACUACCGCCCCAUCGACCUCGCUCAUCAACCGAGUGGUUUAGGCGUACGCCAUGUGCAGACACUGCUGCUGUUCUUCGGCCUUACGGUGGCCUAUGCCCUUCGGGUGAACCUUUCGGUGGCCAUCGUGGCCAUGGUCGAUAAGGGUUCGAAAAAUGAUUUCGACCACUUCGACUGGAACGAGCAGACCAAAUCGGUCAUUCUGAGCAGUUUCUUCUGGGGUUACGUCGUGACGCAAAUUCCGGCCGGCCAGCUGGCACAACGAGUCGGUGCCAAGGUGCUGCUGCUGUUUUCACUGGGGAUUUGCUCGACGCUUGCCGUUCUGACGCCGCUGUUUGCCCACUUGGGUGGUGAUAAGCUUGUGAUAGCUCUGCGGAUAGUUCAAGGUCUUAGUCAAGGCUUCAUCUUCCCAUCAACCCACACGCUGCUAUCAAAAUGGGCUCCAGUAUCGGAGCGAGGUCGCCUCGGAACGUACUGUUACGCGGGUGCCCAAUUCGGUACGGUGAUCAUGUUGGCCAGCAGUGGUUUCCUGGCUUCGUCAUCCGUAGGCUGGCCUGGAAUCUUCUACGUGUCUGGGGCGGCUGGUAUCGCAUGGACCGUGGCGUGGUUCUUCUUCGGCGGAAACUCGCCGGUCGAGCAUGGAUCAAUAUCCGCUGAAGAACGAGAUUUCAUCGAAAGCUCACUAGGCAACCAGGAUCACAGCAAGAAGAUUGUCACUCCAUGGAAGGCUAUUUUCACUUCGGCUCCGAUGAUCGCCCUAACGGUUGCACAUUGCAGUCACAACUGGGGCUUCUGGACGCUGCUCACCGAGAUGCCAACGUUCAUGAAGAACGUUCUGGACCUGGACAUCAAGAGCAAUGCGCUGCUAUCCAGUUUGCCGUACUUGGUUAUGUGGGUGCUCAGCAUGGUCUUCUCCCCGAUCUCCGACUUCCUGAUCAACAGACAGUACCUCUCUCGCGAAACAAGCAGAAAACUAUUCAACACGAUCGGUCUCUGGAUUCCUAUGGGGGCUCUGCUGGGGCUAGCCUUCGUUCCAAAAGGAGAAAUCGAUUUGGCAGUUGCCUUGCUUACUACGGCCGUUGGAAUCAACUCAGCAACCUAUCUGGGCUUCCAGGUAAACCAUAUCGAUCUGGCACCGAAUCAUGCCGGUACGAUGAUGGGUAUCACCAACUGUGCGGCCAACAUCAUGUCUAUCAUCGCUCCACUGCUUGUGGGACUGGUUUUGCAUGACGCCACGGAUCCGGUUCAGUGGCGAACAGUGUUCUACAUAGCCGCGGGCAUCUAUUUCUUCGGUAAUCUUGUGUUCAUAACACUGGGCAAGGCUGAUAUUCAACCGUGGAAUGAGCCACGACCGGAUAAGAAAGAUGAUGACACAGAAGCUGCGAGGCCAAAUAAUCAAAGUACCACCGAACGAGCCGACUACGUGGACUAAACGUGUCGCAGGCGUACGAAAGAAACUAGAUAGAUAUCUUUUAUUAUCGAUAAGAAAAAACUUAGUCUAGUCCAGAAAAAUGAUAUACUAUACAUCAAACAAAAGUGAAACGAGAAGCCUAUAUGGAAUGGAACCGAUCGUCAUAUCAUAAGGAAUGAUACAAAUCGAGUGCUCUUAAAUUACAGUUUUUUUUAAUAGGGAAGCCAAGGAUUUUACUGAACCGUCACGCUACCAAUGUUAAUCGUGAGUUUUAGUCGUAAGGUACAAACGUUCCCAGAGCAACAGGUUAUAAUAUAGAGAAAAAUAACUUCAGCAAGGCUGCAUUGACUGAACCAAAUGCAUUCCACCUUGGAGCAUAUUAUGAAGAAAGAUAAAAUACCUAUAUAUUUUUGUGAUUGUUGCCAAUAAAACGUAUAUUUAAAAUUAAAAAAAAAUACCACAGUUUUAAAGUUUCAA